AUGGCAUCAAAGUUACCAUUAGAUGUUCUCCAAAUAAUAUUCACAUUCAUUCGUAAAAGUGAAAAAAAGAAACUUAAAGCUAUAGGAAAUUUGCAUUCUUGUCUAUUAGUCAACCGACAAUGGUGUGAAGCAACAAUACCAUUAUUGUGGCGUAAUUCAUUUUAUUAUUUCGAAAGAGGCAAUGAAAAACUAAUUGACGUUUACAUAUCAUGUUUUAAUGAAAAGGAACUGGAUAAUUGGUGUGGUAAAUUGAUAAAACCACCAUACAAUGUAAUUUCAUUAAUGAUCAAAGCUCUGUUAAGAUUGUUUUUGACUCAUUCAGCUGUUUUAAUACAUUUGGUGAUUGGUGAAUGGACUUCGAGGAAAUCUUCUGAUUUUAUAUAUUUAAAAUUUACUGAGAAAGAAUUCGAGUAUUUGUUUGAACCUAUAAGAAAAUUAGAAAUUCAAGGUGAAUUUGUUAAAGACCGUUUAUUGACGGGCUUGAAAGAACCAUGUAAAAAUAUUGAAAAAUUAUUUGUAUAUAUAAAAGAUGUUCCACCAAACUAUGAGGAGGAAUUGCACUCAUUACAACAAUUUGUCAAAGAACAACGUUGUUUAAAAUCAUUAAAAGUAGCCAAUGUCGCAUCGAAUUUCCUCUUUCCAACAAUAGCCACACAGGCCAAUACUUUACGUUGUUUAUAUUUGUGGGGAUUAAAUUUCACAAACACGGACAAUUACAUAAUACCAUGGCAUUUAUUAUUAAGGUUUAAAAAUUUAGAAAAAUUAAAAUUUCGUAAUUGUAUUGGAUUUGAUCAACACAUGAAAGAUUCAUUAAUCAAUGGUGACGUCAAAGAAAUGGUGGUGGUUGAGAAGGAUAAGAGUGGGAAUGAAAAUUUGAUUGUGAAUAGGAGUGGGAUCGGACAAUGUAAAACGUUGAAUAAUGAAUAUAUAUUUGAAGAUGAUAUUAAAGAAUUAAUUGAUUGGGGUGUUGGACAAGGUGCUGUUGUAUUUCUUGGACACUUUUAUAGUGCAGAUGCAUUUUUUAAAGUUGGUAGAACGAUAGAAAAAUCUUUACUAAUUUGGGAGUGCUCUGAUGAUUUCUCCAAGAUGUAUAGAAAAUUUUUAUGUAAUAUAGCUCAUUGGUCAUGA